CGACGGCCGCCUCACUCCAACCGCGGCCUGAUCCCGAAGCUAUGUGGCGUAGCCGGCGAGACGCGCGCUAUUCUCCGCCUCCGACAUGGCUUCCGCCGCCUUGGCCUCCCGCGCGCUGCCGCCUCCGCCCCGCCACUGCGCUCGCCGCCCGCGCGCUCCACCGACCACCGCCCCACGGCCACGACGCGGAUGCGCGGCCGCCGCUCGUCCCGCGCGCUGCAGGGCGGUGGCCGCCGACGAGCGCCCCGCGGACCCCUCCAUCCCCGAGGGCGAGGACGGCGCGCUCUCCGGGGAGGCGGAGAGGCCGGAGGCGGACGUCGUCGUCAUCGGGAGCGGGAUCGGCGGGCUGUGCUGCGCGGGGCUCCUGGCGAGGUAUAACCAGGACGUGCUCGUGCUCGAGAGCCAUGACCGCCCCGGAGGCGCCGCGCACUCGUUUGACAUCAAGGGCUUCAACUUCGACUCGGGCCCUUCCCUGUUCUCCGGCUUCCAGUCCAGAGGCCCCCAGGCCAAUCCCCUCGCCCAGGUCCUUGAUGCGCUAGGCGAAUCAGUUCCAUGUGCCUCAUAUGAUUCCUGGAUGGUUUAUGUACCUGAAGGCCAGUUCCUUUCGCGGAUAGGUCCAACUGAUUUCCUCAAGGACCUUGAUGAAUUUGUUGGUGCUGAUGCAGUCCAGGAGUGGAAAAAGCUUCUUGAUGCAGUUAUUCCUAUCUCUGCAGCUGCAAUGGCUUUGCCUCCACUUUCCAUUCGAGGUGAUUUAGGUGUUCUCUCCACAUCUGCUGGUAGAUAUGCUCCUUCUCUGUUGAAAUCAAUCCUGCAAAUGGGACCUCAAGGGGCUCUUGGUGCUACAAAACUUCUAAGACCUUUCUCAGAGAUCGUUGAUUCAUUGGGCCUGAAAAACCCCUUUGUUCGUAAUUGGAUCGAUCUCUUGUGUUUUCUACUUGCUGGAGUCAAAUCUGAUGGUGCUCUUUCUGCAGAAAUGGUUUAUAUGUUUGCAGAAUGGUAUAAACCAGGAUGCUCGCUUGAGUAUCCUCUUGAGGGAAGCGGAGCAAUAAUAGAUGCUCUUGUGCGAGGAAUAAAAAAAUUUGGUGGCAGGCUUGCUCUUCGUUCGCAUGUUGAAAAGAUUUUAAUUGAGAAUGGUCGAGCAGUUGGUGUCAAGCUACAAAGUGGACAAAUUGUGCGCGCAAGGAAAGCAGUUGUUAGCAAUGCAUCUAUGUGGGAUACUUUGGAUUUGCUGCCACCAGAUGCUGUCCCAAGAUCAUAUCAAGACAAAGUGAAAGCAACUCCACAAUGUGAAUCAUUUAUGCAUCUCCACUUGGGUUUUGAUGUCGAGAAUGCCAGAGAGGACCUUGGAAUCCAUCAUAUUGUGGUUAAUGAUUGGAACAAAGGAGUUGAUGCUGACCAGAACGUUGUAUUGAUAUCAGUUCCUACUGUUCUUGGAAAUGGCUUAGCACCGCCUGGAAAGCACGUCCUACAUGCUUAUACACCAGGAACAGAACCUUUCAGUUUGUGGGAAGGACUAGAUAGGAAAAGCGCCGAGUAUCGAAGGCUGAAAGAAGAACGCUCUGAGGUGAUGUGGAAAGCCGUGGAGCUUGCCCUUGGUCCAAGAUUUAGCAGAGAAAAAUGCGAUGUGAAGCUGGUUGGAUCACCAUUAACACACAAGAGGUUCCUCCGAAGAAAUAGAGGAACCUAUGGUCCAGCCAUAAAAGCUGGGGAGGCCACUUUCCCUGGGCAGGCAACACCUAUACCCCAGCUAUUCUGCUGUGGUGACUCGACUUUUCCAGGCAUCGGUGUACCGGCCGUCGCUGCAAGUGGUGCAAUUGUCGCAAACACGCUAGUCUCCGUGUCACAACAUUCAGAGCUUCUUGAUGCUGUUGGAAUUUGACAUGCAGACGUGCAGAAUACUACUGUGUGGAGCUUUUGACAGAGAUCAAUAUUAAUCUAUGAAGAUUAAAAGCUAAGUUCAUCCUCCCCACAUGCAGAGGUAGGCAGGCAGAUCUGUGGAUAACAGUAUAUGACUACAUUACAACAUACAGUAGAUACUACAAGAAACAUAUGGAUAAGCAGGAAUUUUACAUUGGAUAAUUUUGAGUUAUUUUCUGUGACCCGAUUGUCGUUUACAACUAGUACAUGAGAACCACGGUUAUGUACAGAAGUUUUUCUUAAAGAAAAAACCUGCAUGAUCCUGUACACUCCAUAGUUCUGAUGAACGAUGAACUUGAUAACACACGCAGGGCUACAUGAAGUUUGUUUUUUCCCGCAUUGUUAA